AUGCGUCCAUCCCAGCUCCUCCGCGCCUCCCACUACAAGCCCAUGAUCAAGUUCCUCGGCGCUUCCCGUAAAACUAUCCAACAUCCCCCCCACAAACCAGCCCCCCACCCCUGCGCGCCCUCCGACAUCAAAGAUUCCUUCCCCACCUUCCUUUCCAAACGCCAAUCAUCCUCCCCUUCCUCUUCAUCGUCUUCAUCAUCACCCCAAUCAUCAACGCCAUUCAAAGAUACCGGCUUCAAACCCAGCGGCAAACCGAACGAUUUCGACAACUUUUGGGAGGCGCCUGGGUAUCUGUGGAGGACGAAGGAGUUGUCGGAGAAGGAGAUGGAAGCUGUUGAGAGCGGUGGUGCUACCGAUAUCAGAGACGGCGCGUAG